AUGUUUGCGCCUUUCUUCGCUUUCGAUACUCACUCGUCGAUUGUUCUCGACUUGCCUCGACAUCCCAUAGCUUCGCCAUGGAGCCAUCGAGCACGGGCAUCAACCACCGCCAGCCGUAAUGGCACUGUAUUCAAGCUCAUUCGAGACAUUUCGGUACCCAACAGCAAUUGGGCAGCCAUUGCAGAUGCUCCUCAAAGCUACGACCGCCGACAAAGUGCAAGAUGCCAUCACCUGAGCUCAGAAGUCUCAAACCGUACCCCGAUCCAAGCGCCCGACACCCCAGACUCCACGAAUGAUACCGAUGUAUCUGAUCCAAGCCCGACACCUCGACCGGUCGCUGAGGUUUCCCAGCCCGCGAAUACGCAGGCGCCCGAGAGCGAUGACAUCGAUGCCGGCCCAGUCGAAGCCACGUCGGACCUCUGUUAUGAUACCAGUUCCGAGUCUGCGCGGCCGCCCGUGAAGACAACUGCCUCCCAGCCUGUUACAGACCCUAGAACUGACGCUGAGCAACCCCAGGCCGGCGAGAUAAAGAACAGAUCUGGCAAACCCCUUGAUAGCCGCGAAAACCAAGGGCAUACUGUGAGCGUUUCUCAGUUACCUGACAACGCUUCACCCCCUUCUUGA